AUUAUAAAUAACUCCAGAAGAGAAAGAUAAGAACCACAAGCCAGUCUUGGUAGAGCUGGGGAGGUUUAUCUGUGUACGGUCGAUUAGAUUGAUGGCCUCGCAUAUGUCAAUGUUCAUGAAGAGUUGGUAAGGUUAAAGAGAGUCUUUGAGUGAGGAUUUCUGGUAGCUCCAAGUGACUCUUACCUAGUGUCGAAGCAAUCUUUCCACAACAACAAGGUCUCGAACAAGUAGGGGAGUUUCAAAAUAUUUCCUUCCCUUAUUUUCAUAAUCAUGACAAGUCGUCGCUUGACUAGGAACAAAACAAACAAAAUCCCCGCAUGACUCAGCGACCCCACACUAUUCCUCCCCUGCUUCAUAUCCCCAAACCUCACAUUAAUAUUAAGCCCCUCCAAAUCCCCGCCUCCACUCAAACAUAUCCUUCCACCACCAAAAACCAUGACCUCAACCCACUUCACCGAGCCCACAACCUCCUACUGGCAAGAAAUCCUACCCUCUAAUCACAUCCCCCAAAAACCCCCCUACAUUUACCACUACUCCGCCCGCCUCCCAGACUCACGGUACCUACUACUCCCCAUCCGCCGCCUAACCUCUCAACCACAACAAGCCGUCGCCUCCCUCCUGAUAAACCAAGCAUCUAUAGACGUCGUCGACGAACUUUCAUCAUUCCUCGCCGAAAAAGUGCGACCUUUUCAUCCGGACGUGAUAAUUGGGCUUCCGACGCUAGGUCUUACGCUUGCGCCUAUUGUUGCGAGCAAAUUGGGUUUAAGUAUGCUGAUACCAAUUUCGUAGCAUCCCCUUGAAUCAAACCGGGAGAAAAAAAAGAUUUUGACGAGUAAAUAGAAAGAUAUAUACCCCUCGGCUAUUCCCGCAAAUUCUGGUACGACGACUCAUUAUCUGCCGCAGUAUCAUCUAUCACAUCACCAGAACUAGGCCUUAAAAAAGUUUAUCUAGAUCCGCAUCUCUUAUCUCUACUGAUGGGGAAGAAAUGCGUGAUAAUUGAUGAUGCAGUCAGUUCUGGGACGACGCUAAAAACGACUUGGGAUUUGUUGGAGAAGAUUGGGUGUGAGAUUGUGGGGUGUGGCGUUGUGAUGAGACAGGGUGAGAGGUGGAAGGAGAAGAUUGGAUGGGAGAGAGUUGGGAAAUUGGUGCAUGUGCUCGAGAGUCCGCUUUUGGAAGCUGUUGAGGAGGGAUGGGUUUUGAGGUCUUAAUGGUUGUGGUUGUGGUUGUGGUUGGCAAGUCACCUGACUGACUAGCGUUUAUGCUUGAUCUGGUCCUCACUCAACUUUAGUUAUUGUACCAGUUAAUGUGUUUUCGCGUUACUAGAACUUAGAUUUUUUUAUGGCGAGACACUUUGGCUCAAUCAACCUCAAUUUGCAUUUGCCA